UAAACGUUGAAUUCCUAGCUGCAUGUUGGCUGUUCUGUGUUCAUUCACACGGUUCAAGCACUGGAGUACAGCGCGUCUUUUGUUUAGUCAGCAAAUUGCAAAUAGCUGUAAUUGCUAAAAAGUGCCUGUUCGUCUAAUUUUAUUUGCUAACUGUCGUUGGCGUUCCCUGCAAGGCAAAGCAUCAUUUGUGCGUGAAAUUCAACUUCGACUCAGAAGUACUCUGAAGCGCCCGUAAUAACCUGAAAAAUCUCUGAAAUUUUAGAGGGAAACAGCUUGAAAUGGCUUCGAACGGGGGAAACGCAGAUGCUGCUGAAGGCUUGGAGCUCGCCGAGGACCAGAUUAAACUUCUGGAGGAGAACUUCAUGAAAGUCAGCAAGCAUCCGGACGAGACCACUCUCAUGCUGAUCGCCGCCGAGUGCGGUCUGUCCGAGGAGGACACAGCAAAAUGGUUCAAGCAACGGAAUGCCCAGUGGAGACAGUCGGAGGGUCUUCCCGCUGAACUGGGAUCAGUGAUGGACUGAGAGAGAUGAAUGCCACCCUAUCACGUCUCAGGCCGACCUGGCUGACUGCAGCUCAGGGACGAUGCUGCGGCCUUUCCUUCUCUGCCCUCUCCUUCUGUAUCUAGACUGUACUCACUCACUGAAUGUGAACGGCCUGUGAAAGUCUCAUAUAGAAUAGAAUACGUUUUACUUUAGUAAAAGGACAAAACGCAUUUAACUAUGAUAUGUACAUAAAUGUUAUACAUGCUUAAUAUUUACAAUACUGUUACAAACCACACUGUGUAAAAAUAACCAUAUGCAUUUGAAAAUAAGAAUAUAUUAUAUAUAUAUGGAAACAUUGUGGUCUGUAUAGGCAUAGAAUGUACGGCCCACCAGAAGCAAGGGUGCAUUUCUCUGGCACAGGGAACUCUGAACUCUUAUCUCAACUCCUCUUGGAGGCUGACAUCACUGUCCGAGCACACUUAUCAGUGAACAUGUGCAUGUGAAUGUGCAUGUACCUUCUAUGUAGUUAUCUGCAAAACACCUCCUGUUUUCACUACACUGGAUGUGAAAGUGACAGGCGGCAGGUAGGGGCAGACAACUGCCCUCUGCGUGUGCGAUGCGAUCGGGAGGCUUUCACAGCCUUGUUAAAUAUACAUGAGGCGUCGCCGGCUAGCCUCCAUCAGGCUGGAAGCACCUGCUCUUUAUGGGGGAGCCUGGGUGGUGGCCAGAGUUCUCCACAGGCGCUGAUCGGCCAGCAGGUGAUUAGAGAGCUCUCUGCUCCGGAUUCUAUGCUUCUAUGCUUUUGCAGAGUCGUAUGUACCCGCUUAGCAGCAAAACAUGCAUUCAUCUGUGCGCAGAUGUGUGUGAGAGAGACACAGACAGACUGCCCCACUAACAGCCCAGUAUAUCACCACAUGUCACAGCCUAAGGGACCAGCGAUCAGCACUGUGCAUGAGGGAGGAUACCACAAUAGUUCAGUUUACCAGCACUGGUCAUUUCUGUACUCUUCUUAUAAUAGCCUACUUUUUAUUGUGAUUCCUUGUGUGAGGGAGAGAAAGAGAGAGGGAGGUGGGAAAGAGAAGAGAAAAUGUUUCUGUUUAACGGGUAACAGGCCAUAUACUUAAACAAAUAGGUACAUUAAUAUGAUACUACAUUUUGUAGAGCUAAACAUUUUGUUUCUGUUUAUGCAUUCUGUGUAUGAAUGUUUGUUUUGCUUUGGCAACACUGAUGUAUUUGUCCUUCCAAUAAUGCUAAUAAAGUUUAUUGAAUAGAACUGACAAAGACAGACAUACACACCAAUAGUGUGACAGAGCGAGAUUGUCAAAGAGUGAAAUACAUAGUCACUGCGAGACAGAAAAAUGACAGAGUGAUAGAGUCAGAUGCACCCAAAAGGAGUGCCAGGUAGAUGCUGACACAGAGAAUUUUAUACUGAUACAGGACAUAUUGGUCAUCCACGGUGACCAGGAUCCAAAGUU